AUGGUGCUCGCCGACGAUGAUCCAGAUAUCGAUGAGGCAUGGCGGCACACGGCGAACAUGUUACAGGCACGCCAACAGAUCACCAACAACGCGAUCAGCAAGAGAAAGGAACAACUCAAUCGGUGGAUCACAUCGGAGAUGAACGGCGCGAGCACGAGUCGGAGGGAUGCUAAAGUGCAAUUUCAUGAUGAGGAUAUUUUCCUGUCGGCUUGCAUGUCCGGAGAUGAGGAUGAAGUGGAAGAACUGCUCGAUAAAGGGGCCAACAUCAAUACGGCGACCGUUGAUGGAUUGACAGCAUUGCAUCAGAGUGUCAUCGACAGUAAACCCGAAAUGGUGCGUUUCCUUUGCGAGAAGGGUGCUGAUGUUAAUGCUCAGGAUAACGAGGGUUGGACGCCUCUUCAUGCGGCGGCUUGUUGCGGAAACGCGGCCAUCGUGCAAUAUUUGUGCCAACAAGGAGCCGACUUGACAAUUAUUAAUAGUGACAAAGAAGUCGCAUUGGAUUUGGCUGAAGACGAGGGUUGUCGAGAGUUUUUGGAAAGUGAAUACAAGACAAGGGGAAUCGAUCCGGAGAAAUGCAGAGAGCGCGAGUUGACGACGAUGAUGGACGACGUGCAAAUGUGGCUUCGAGAGGGACACUUUGGCGAUUUACCACAUCCACGAACGGGCGCCAUGGCUUUGCACGUGGCCGCCGCAAAGGGGUACACACAGCUGGUCGAACUUUUGCUGCAAGCGGGCGCGGACGUGAAUGUCAUGGACAAGGACGGAUGGACCCCGCUUCACGCGGCCGCUCAUUGGGGGGAACGGGAUUCGUGCAAGAUUCUAAUUGAACACGGAGCUUCGGUGACUGCUGGAGGUGCUCCCGGACAAUCGGUGCUUGCUGUUGCGGAUAAGGAGAUUGUCGAGUACUUGGAGGAUCUUGAAAAGACAGUCGUCAAGCGCCGCAUUCCCUCAAAUCCACCGCCGACGAUUCUCGGCGAGAAAAACCUCCGGGUCGACGCGCCUAAAGAGGCGGCCAUUAUUUUGCCCGAAGUUCGCGCAAAUCACACACACUCCAUUCCUCAUUUCCAUACGACGGAGCAAAAGCACGCUUUGGUGGUCAAGGAUGAACGAGAAGAGAAUGCGUGCCUGCACUCGGAAGCGAAACACCCACGCCUCAACCAUGAUCACGAUGAUCAGAAUGAUGAGGACAAGAAUGAUACGACGUUGACUGAAGAACAAUUGAACAAAGAGGAAACACCAACACCACAAACGACAGCAAACGCGUACUUGCCCGAGAGGAUGAGCAUCGAAAAGUCACUAAGUGGAUCAUCCGUUGCAAGGGAAGCCGCUGGACGCGAGCGAUCGAUGGAGAUCAGUCCGGACGUUGUCGUGCGACAAUCGCCAUUCAAAUCAACUCUUUUACAGGAACGAAAUUCAAUCUCAUCAGAAAAGGAGUUGAUGCCGACGAACUCGAGCAGCUUCCAAGUUGAUCAAAGAAUGUCUACUCCAUCCGAGUCGAUCACAGCCGUCUCCACGUCGGCAACCGUCCCGUUGAGAUCAAUUCAGCAAUCGUCAUCGUGGAUUAAUCGAAAUGUUCCUCUCGCCAGCUCGCGCACUCCAUCCUUGUCGGCUUCUCCAUCGCCAUCGAUCUCGGGAAGUUACUGCUCGGAAGAGGCGAGCACAUCAUCGGCAGCGAGCGGUGAGACGAGAGCCUCUUCUUCCUCUGCGUCACGAUCCGCCUCUCAAAUAUCCGCUUCAUCGUCUCAGAAAAUCUCCUCUUCACACGCGUCUCGAUCAAUUUCCCGAUCUGUCGCCGAUUCGCGGUCUCGUUCAACCACCGAAGAGUCAUCGGAACCCUCCGAAUCGAUCUACUCCGAAGAGGCAUCCGAGCAAGCGAGUGAAAGCUCGGACGAGCAGCCAUCCACCUCAACGAAUGCUUCAUCGGUUGAAUCGAAAUCCGAGUCACGCGGUGGAUCGGGUGGUGCAUCGAUCGGCGAACAGAGGGCCUCAUCAGCAACUUCAAUCGACGAAUCUCUAUCAUCGCGUGUCUCGUCUCUUACCAAUGGAUCGAUGAGUGUGCGGAUGACUUUCCGGCAACCUGCUGGCAGAGACACGUCGAGUGGGGGUGGAACGAUGACAACGACCACGCCGACAACGGUGAUGGGGGGAACGGUGGCUCGGAGUGCUUCGACUCCCUCGGCGGCCCUCCCGUGGGUGCGCGCGACUUCGUCGGGUACCUCGACUCCAUCAGCAGCAUCCGUUCCGCCAUCAAUCCCGCCGAUGGCUACCCCAAUCACCACAUCGUCGUCGUCGAGUGCUUUCACGACCUUCUUGCAAAAGGAUCGCGUCUCUGCCUUCUCCGCCUUUCGUCCGCCCACUAAAUCGACUGUGCCCCCAGCCGCUCCGAUGAGUGCACCAUCACUUGUCUCAAGUUCUCCACUCAGUCCACCGUCCAUUCGAGCGCCAUUCCGGCCACAACCACUGGCGGCUCCUGUGUUAAGACCAUGGCAAGCAACAACGCCGGUGGCGACAAACGAGAGCGAGGCUGAACGGCGGAAAGAAGCACGAAUGCAUCGACAGGCUAGACGGUCAACACAAGCUGUCACAAAAGAACAAGCUGAGGAAGCAUCGAGGUCGGCUGCUGAAGAACAAUCGAAGAGACGGUCAAGUCGAAGCGGUGGCGAGGUGCGUUUGGCGUCCGAAGAACGCGACACGUCGGAAGGAGAAAAUUUAAAUGAAACACCGCAAAAUGUGAGCAAUUCUUUGUCGACGCUGACCACUCCAUCAACAUCAGCCAUUUUAACCCUCCAAUCAGUGGCCGUCGUUCCGCCAAACAACACCCCGUCGGCGGCGAAUAUCCGAAAGAAAACCAAUCAGACUGCUACCGGUGGUGGCCUACACACGGCGAAUCGAGCGGUCCGACGAGGCACAGGGCCUGUGCUGGCAGAGGACGUGCACGCGGCCGUCUCACUUCGGUGUGUGGCCCCAACGACGAUGACGAGCCCGCAGGGUGGCCCACCCACCACCCUGCCCAUUGCCUCGUACACGCCGAUGCCCGGGGUGACCUUCCAAUCGGGCGCCUCGUCCGGGUUCCCCAUCGUGCGCACCACCGAGUCGAGCGAGCGCCAUGAGAAGAGCUUCUCGUUGCCGCCAAAUAACAACAAUAACAAGAUCGAGCUGCAGUCUCCGGUGGGUUCCUGUGUGUGUGGAAUUUGGAUAGAUUUGGUGUGUGGUGCAUGCAUGAGCAUUUUGUGGACAUUUGGUAUUGUACACCGAAAUGUGACCGCGUUUGGCACGAAUAGCUUU